AUGACAGAAACCAAUCCAUUGAGAGAAAGACUUGGUGCAACCAAGUUUGACCAAGCAGUUCAAUUCUACGAAGCUGAUCAGAAACUAACACCCGAAGACCGUGUACAAUUAAGAGAUGAUAUAAAACAAGUGUUGGUAACAGAGAACAUCUAUUCAUACUCCGCGGGAAUUGCUGCGUUCAUAAUGCCUACAAUCUACUUUAGGUUCUUCAACAAGGCUGCACUCAAUCCUAGAUCGUUUAUUCAGAAACCAUUGUUAUCUGUUGGAUUGGGAAUGGCAAAUCUGUAUAUGAUGUUUCAGAUAUACGCCAAGAACUUGUAUAAAGAGAAACUUGAUCUGAACUUACCAGAAAGUCAGAUGAAUAUAUGGAAGACCAUGGAUAGAAACCUGUUGGGGAUUUAUUUGCUUUACUAUGCCAAGUCGUCCCAGGAUCCAUUAGAAAGAGUGCCAGAUCCACGAAGUUUCACGGCUGACCAAGUUAGGUUUGAUCCUGAAAAGUACAAACGAGCCGAAGGACCAGACCAUGUAUUGACGACAUGGGAUAGGAUACGUCUUAAUAAUGGUCUUGAUAUCACUGCUACUACUGAAGAACCCAAGUCAGGUAGUGCUUGGGAUGAAAUAAGAAAGAAGUAA